CCAGAGAAUCACAUGUUCAGGUCAUCUUUUUAAAGAAGCUAUCUAAGGUAGUUUCUCCAUUUUCUUUUGCUCCUUCUUACUGAGAGUUGCUGACUUUUCCCCUGUGGAAUAUUACUUAACAAGUCCUACAGAAUGUGUGACCUGUUUGUGGGAAUCUGGAAGUUUGUCUCCAGUGAAAAAUUUGAGGACUACAUGAAAGAACUGGGUGUGGGUUUAGCCACCAGGAAACUGGGCAGCCUGGCCAAACCCACUGUGACCAUCAGCACAGAUGGUGAUGUGAUAACCAUCAAAACCAAGAGUACUUUCAAAAAUACUGAGGUCUCCUUCAAGUUGGGAGAGGAGUUUGACGAAACCACAGCGGAUGACAGGAAAACCAAGAGCAUUGUCACCUUGGAAGAAGGCUCAAUAACUCAGGUGCAGAAAUGGGAUGGUAAAGAGACCACAAUAAAGAGAAAACUAGCAGAUGGGAAGAUGAUUGUGGAAUACACCAUGAACAAUAUCACUUGCACUAGAGUCUAUGAGAGAGCAUGAGUAAACUCCAUGUCCAGGAGUGCGUCUAACUUGGUCUGAGAAUGAGUUCAGGUCAAGGAAACUACACUUCUUCUGCUUCUUAGUUUUCUUGCCUGAAGAAAAGGCCUAAUGGGUGCAGAAUCCUAAUUAAAAACACUAAUGUAACCAGAAAUGUUAAUGUGGUUGCUAAAUAAAAUAUUUUGAAA